UCACAAGCUUUUAACCGGUUGAAAAGUAAUUAAAAACCGAUUAUAAGUAUAUGAUUAUAAUCGAUUUUUACCGUGUUUUUUAUUACAUAAGCUCCACAAGAUGGAGCAUCUAAAUAAGACAUGAGAUUUAUCAUUGUUGUCAGUUCCUCGUUUAAUGAUAAUUGAAUAUUUAGACUUGUUGAUUAUUGUCUCUAAAUAGUCUGCUGAUUGUAUGCGAAGAAUAUUGAAGUUCUACAUCAAUGCUUUAUUUAUGUCUGUGUUUUUUCAUAAUAGUCCACCGGAAAUUGCAAUACCUAAAUCAACAAAUGAUCAAAAAGUAUUUCAAGUAUUCGAAUGUUCUCAAGGUGAACUUGAAUAUGAACAAGAUGUACCUGGUAAAAUAAGUGAAUCAUUAGAAAAUGAUCAAGUAACAUCUGGUGUAUUUUGGGAAAUUCGUGUGAAAUGUAAUAAAGGAGCAAAAAUUUCUUAUGGACCAUGGGCUGAUCGACAGAGAGAAUUAUUAUGGCAAUAUUUUCUUCCAACAUUAUAUGAAGAAUCUCCAAUAACAACUGAACCAUCAAUUGGUCAAACACGAAUAUUUAAAUCAGUUCGUUUCAAAUUAGCACUUAAUUGUCCAACGAUAUUAGAUGUUUAUUUUAUGAAUAAAAUGAAACUUCAAAAACUUCACGUUGACUGUCCUUCAAAAGGUUCGUAUUUUGAUGCUAUACUACCAUUUUCAACAAAUCCCGAUGGUUUUGAUACAUCCUUAUCAAUCAAUAUGUUAGAAACAAUAGCUCAAACAAAUCUUGCAUUUACACCAUUGCUUAAAGCUGAAAAUAUUCAUAUUAACGUUCAUAUACAUUAUCCACGCAUAUGGAAUUCCUUACAAGAUUGGUUUGUUGAUAUUGAUGCAAAAAAUCCUCAAGUUUAUUUUGUUUUUGAACAAAAGAAUUUCUUUCAAGCUUUAAUUAAUGAUUUUGGUUCAUCCAUACCGCCUGAUAUUUAUUCGUUUACACCAUUUAUUUAUAAUAUAACUUUACGUGGUGAACAAGUUGAAAUAUUAAUUCCAUGUAAUCAAGGAAACUGGAUUGAUUGUUCAGAUGGAAAUGAUGGCAGACUGAUAGAAAAUAAUUACGUAUCUUUAUGUGCAAGAUCACUCGAAUUAAAAUAUCCAUUAUCAUUUGUAGAAUUUUGUCCAAUUUCUACAUCGGCGGACUUAAAUAUUCAAGUCACGGAUGUACUUGCACGUCUAAUUAUACCAGAAAUUAAUCGAAUGUAUUAUAUUGUCGACGGACUUAAUGAGCAUAAACGGUUUUAUACACCAGAUGGUGUGAAAUCACAUUUAUCGUUAUCAGAUACAUUUGAAAAAAGACCUGGUUGUUUUGAAUGUGCGGAAGUAAAUCAUAUAAAUGUUCUUGUACAAAUUCUUCUUCAUCCUUCACCUCCAGUUGAUAUGAAUCGAACCGAUCUUUUAUAUGUUCAACAAAUCAAAUCCAUGGGUAAUCGUCAAACAUUUCAUCCGAAUAAACUUAAAUAUGAUGUAUUCAAUCUUGAAAUUGAUCUUGGUCCUGUUAAUUUACUUUUACAUGGUUUAUUUUUAAAAAAACUUUGGUGGAUUAAAGAAAAUCUAUUCGGGUGGGAUCAAAUGUUUCAUGAUAUACAUGAACCUGAUUUAAUACGUGAUAAAAAGAUUAUUGUACAUGAUGAUCCACUUAUUGGUAUGAUUGAUGAAAAUCAAGCAUUUGAUCCAAGAUAUUUUCGACCAUUAAUGGUUACUCUACGCGUUGCACUUCAUAAUAUAACAUUUCACCUCCUUCAUCAUACUGAUAUUGAACCGAGUCCAAUUGGUUUUUGUGAAAGACUUUGUGUUGAAAUGACAACUGAUUUAAAUGAAACAAGAUUACAAGUACUAUUUUUACCUGUUAAUGUCUAUGUAGAAGAUACAAUUGUUAGAAAUAAAUCUGAUCAACAUUUAUCUACUGGAAGUCUUCAGUUGUCCGGUUUAAUCAUUCGUGGUCAUGCAAUGCUUUCUCAUGAAGGUUUACCACCAGAACGUGAAACACUUGAAUAUGCAUGGCAAAUGGAAAUAGUACUAGGCAAAGUAUCAGCACGUUUAACAACAAUUCAGAUGGAAAAAGUGCUUGGUUUUGUAAAGAAUUUUUAUCUACAAAUUAUGGAAGAUGAAUAUACACUCAUACGUUCACCUGUUAUGGAUAAAACAAAAUGGAUUGAAAAAUUCAAAUAUGAUGUACUUAGAUUUAGUUUAGAUUCAAUUGAUGUUAGUCUUAUCGAAAUUGGAAAUGCUGUUCAUGCACAAGUUGCACCAAUUCGUUUAUGCAUGUGUAACAUGCAUACACAUUCAUGUAAUGAAAGUUUAACUUUAAAAGUCGGUGCUAUACAAGUUCGUCAAUUACUUCGUCUUUAUCCUGGUUCAUGGUUAGAAGCUGGUUCAAUACAAAUUCCUGAAUUACGUAUAAAUGCUAAAUUUGAUUGUCAUCCUCCAACACCCAUUAGUAUCAAUGAACAAUUAGAAUUUCUUCGUCGACAUGAUCAACAUUCUCAGCGACUUCAUUUUCUUUACAAUAUAAAAUCUCAACAAUUACCAACAACAACAUCAUCAUCAAAUAUAAAACGACCAUCAAGUGUUGGUUUACCACCGAAUGCAAAUAUUCAUUCUUGCGCAUGUCUUGGUGGUUCACCACAUUAUUAUACACUUGUUCAAGGUGAACAAUUUUUUAAAAGUUCAUUUCGUCUUAGUGAACAAUCAUCAUUUGGUCUUUCUCUAUUUGAACCUGAUGUACAUGUUAUACAUUCUCAUCCUAUAUUUAAUCAUAAAUAUAAUUGGAAUACUUAUGAACAUACUUUUCUAUCAAAUGAACAAUUGAAUGAUGAAGAAAUUUUUUAUCCAUUUGAUUUUUGUACACAACAAAAACAAGAAAAUUUAAAUACUCAUGAAAAUUAUUCACAUCAGAGUGUACCUGCAAAUUUAUAUUCAUUAUCACGAUCAAAUUCGGUUAAAAAUAUUCGACAUAAAUCAAUUGCUGAACCAAAAUUUCAUAAACGUUCAUCAUCAUCAAUACCAUUUGAUAAUAAUGAUAUUAUUGGUUCAUCAUCAUCUGGAACAAUUAAUGAUAUGUAUUUAACACCAGAUGAAGUAUUAUCAUCAAAUCAUUCUAGUAAAAAAAGUCUAGAUAAUAUUAUGGAAAUGUCGUCAUUAACUGUGACACAACGUGCAUCAUCAGCAAAUUCAUCACCCGCAUCUUCACAUUCAAAUUUAAUAUCAAAAACUUUAGAUGAAAAAGAUAAUUUAUCAACAAGAUCUUCACAUACAUCAUCAACUGAUUCAUUAACAGCUUUAGAAGAAAUACUUAAACGACAACAAAUAGGAAGUACGACUUCAACAUCAUCACCACAAAAAGAUAUUUCAUCACCCGUAGAACAUAAAUCAGUUCUACAACCUUCAUUACCUAGUUCUUCAUGGAUUAGUUUAAGAAGUCAGAUGAAAAUGCCUAUACCAAAAUCGACUCUAUUAUGUACAACAUAUAUUCGUUAUUUAUCACAUUAUCGUUCAUCAACUUGGUCGAAUAAAUCUUCUUUUCCUCCUUCAAUUCAACAAAAUCAAAUGAAUCAUCAUCCAUUACUUGAUUUUAACUGUGUUUCUCAAGGUUUUUCAUGUUCAUUUCUAUCUGAUUCAUUACAAUCAACACAAUCACGUCAUCAACAAUCUCAAUCAACAAGUUCUCGACAACGUGCAUCGAUUGUUCCAUCAUUAUCAUCAUUUUAUACAUCAAAUAUAAUUUCAACAGAAAAAGAAGUAUGUCUUCGAUUUAUUGGAUCAUUAAAUAUACUUUUAACACCAUUGAUGCUUGAAUGUUUAACAACAUAUAUUGAUAAAUGGAAUACAUAUGAUAUUCAUCCAAUGUCUAUUCUUGAUGGUCUUCAUUUACUCGGUCAAACAAAAUCGAAUUCACCUUCAACAUCAAUUGAUUUAUCAGCAACAAAAAUUUCUUUACAAUUACCUAAAAUAAAUAUUUGUUUAUUACAAGCUGGUCUAGCUGAAGAUAAUGUUCAAUUAACUGAAUUACGAACACCAGUUGAUAUUGUUACAAUGUCAUUAUUUGCACUUUCAUGUAAACAAAUUCAAAUGGAAACAAUUUUAUCAAAUCGUGAUCAAUCAACAGCUGGUGUUUUUAAAAUUCAAUCAUUAACAGGACAAUUUCGUCGAUUUGAAAAUGA